AUGGGACAGUUGCAGCUUCAUUGCUGUUGUUGCAGGGAGAGGGAGGAGUUUGGAGCUCUUCCUGGAGUGGAGCCGAUACCUGGACUCCCGGGGUCCGAGGAUAAGAACAGCUGUCACUCCCCGGUUUCCGACAACCGAUGCAUUGAUCAAGAGCUGAAGCUUGCCCACGCCUGGGACUGCGUGCAGCGAAAUUCCAAGAGCGUCCAGACUGAGGACGCUGGCGAUGCGCCCAGAAGCCGCGAGGCAACCAGAGAUGUGGAGGUUCACUGGAGACGAGCGAGAAACUUGUCACGAGCAGGGAUUGCCAUGCGAUCGCUGCUGCAAGAGAUACGUGAAGGACGCGCGCGGCUCUGCGAGAGUGAGUCGCCGGUGCGUGCGGCGGUGCGCGUGCGCAGUUGGUCGGAUGCUUCCGUGAUUCCGUGCCCCGAAGGCAUCCAACAGAAGCACAUGGAGGCUUCCUCAAGCAGUUCGCACGGAUGGCAGCGGGCCAGACAGCUCGCUCGGACCGUCAACGUCAUGGGGCACCUGCUCGAUGACGUCCGCUCCAAGCAGACUGAGAGUGUUUACUCCACGGACUGGACUCGGGUACCCCACUCGUCCUCUCCUGCAGCGAGGGCCCACUGGCACCGCUUGAGAAGUGCCGCCGACACGGGGCACGUUUUUCAGAACAUGCUAAAUGGUGUGCGGAGCCGGCACACGGAGGACAUGUACAGCAGGGACUGGACGAAUCCCUCAUCCCAGAGUGGUCACCAGGCAUCACAAGCCUCAGUAGUGACGGUUGGAACUUGA